AUGUACUGGCCCAUUGGAGCUCCCCGGAUAUAUGCAGCGAGCAAUAUCAUAGUUCCCAAAGAGCGCGUCUAUGAAUCCGACGACGACGCUGAAUCACGCGAGACGACUGAGAGCGGCGGAUCAUAUCUCGAUGUCCCAAGCAAUAGAGGGGAAGAGGAGGAGGAGGACGAGCUCUCGGGAAAGUCCACGCCCGUGGCUCCAGGUAUUAAACCUGUUGAAUACGAUACGAACCGACGCCUGUCUACUCGAUCGCUCGGGCAUGAUGCUUCGAUAUCAGAACCUGCGGACAAGCAACCUUUAUUAUCCCUUGGAUUAUCAAGGAUUGGACAUAUCUUCGCAGUCAUCACUUCUUCUUCGUUGACAGUCUGGCAGACGAAGCCAACUGCUAUCUUAGCAGUCGUCAUCCGCUCCAGAAAAUCUUUGAGCGCCUACGGUCCUAACGUCUCCCUUCUUGUUCGGCCCGACUCCGCAAUUUUUGUUGUACAAACAACCUCUGGAUACUUGAUUACCUAUACCCUUGCUACGGACCCAGAUGCCCGGGUCUUCAAGCCCCGUUUUUCAAACCAUACAAGCGGCCACGUUAGGCGGUCGAGUAACUUUAGCGGAGCGAGGAUCCAGGGAGGAGACAAGAUUCUAUGGGGUCCUGGCGAGGGUGGAGGAGUUCGAGAGGUCAGUGUACGUUUUCGGAUGGUCAUCAAAGUUGACGCCGGUAUUGGCAAGGCACUGGCUUUAGACGAAGAACUUGUCGUAGCAACCCAAAAACCAGCAGCAGUUCAAUGUAUCAGAUGGACACCUGAUAGUGCCGGAAACCAGACAAGCACAGAACUUUUCAGCCGGAUGGACUGGUUGCCCAAGAAAGUUGCUGUGACUGAGAUGAUCCAUGAUAGACCGAUGAAUCUUUCCACUUGGAUCACAAGUGACGGGAAAGGGUAUGCUGUCCAAAGACUGCCCCCGCGAAAGGAUGUGGAUACUCCCCAUAAACUCUUCAGGGGCUACUGCUUCCACACCCCUCAAACACAAGCAAACUAUGCAACCAAAGCUGCUAUCAAUGCAAGGUUCUCUCUGAUCGCUAUUGGCUGCGCAGAUGGGGUGAUUCAGGUCUAUACAGCCAGAGACUACGUCGGAAAUAUCCCAGCAUCUCAUGUCCAUAGAGUCAGUGUCUCUGGCCAGUCUUCAGGCCGUAUAACAUGUCUAUCUUACUCUCCGGAUGGGUAUCACCUCUUCGUGGGCUACGAGAACGGAUGGGCUACAUGGAGCGUGUUUGGGAAGCCGGGCGCUACGAGUUUUGGCUCGGACCAAAUCAUUUCCGAGGAACAUGCAGAAGGAUGGCUCGAAGGUGUUAAAGAUGCAGCCUGGCUUGGUGGAGGCUCAGAGAUCCUGAUUAUCGGCCAGCAAGAUGAUCGCAUAUGGACUCUGGAAAUGGCGCGCAGUGCUAUCACGGGGUGCUAUGCCUCGGCGAAUACCUCGCGGACAUUGCUUCAAACUACGUCAGAUAUCAUGGUCUAUAGAGGUUAUGAUCUCCCAGACCUCACUACGAUCUCAACUGAAUCGUCUUUGUGGCAUAAUGCCCAGAUUCCUGCGACUUACCUUCUGAAUCAAUGGCCUAUGCGGUGCUCAGUCAUCUCAGCUGAUGGCAGAUACGUGGCGGUCGCAGGCCGCCGUGGGUUGGUCCAUUAUAGCAUAAGCAGUGGUAGAUGGAAGACUUUUGAGAAUGAGAGCAUGGAAAAUGAAUUCCAAGUGCGCGGUGGGAUGUGUUGGCACCAGCACAUCCUGGUGGCCGCUAUCGAGGCGGGCGACUCGUUUGAAUUGCGACUGUAUUCGCGUGAGGCUACCUUGGACAAUUCCCUCGCACUCCAUGUUGAGAAACUACCGUCACCUGUCGUCCUCAUCACACCAUCCGGGGACGACUCACUACUUGUUUACACGUACGACAACUUGCUGUAUCACUACAUCUUCACCACCACGGCAUCAGGCACGAUUACGAUCGUUCAGGUUGGUCAGAUUGCUUUCCACGGCAUAGUUAGAUCACCUGCUCGGGUGCGAGGUCUGAGUUGGAUCUUGCCAGAUGACCAGCUCCUCGAGGGCGAUCCUUCGCAAGACGUCGCGGUUGCCACAGUACUGUUCCUCGUUGAUGGGAAACUGGUUUUACUCCAGCCAAGUCUGAACGAAGAAGGAAUGCUGAAGUACGACAUGCGAGUGAUUGCGCAGAAUGUUGAGUAUUACACCUUGAUGCGGGACUUGCCACUUUCAAGCCCGACGAAGAUCCAAGGAACAGCAAAUGUUUCUAUUGGUAACAACCUAGAUCGAGAUGAAGGCAAUGGCUUGAGGGAUUCUCUGUGGGUAUUUGACGGUAAGGAUAUGAGGUUGUGGACCGACGUCCAAGAUGUUCUUCGUUCAGCGCCUUCCGAGCUAGGCCGAGAACUACCUCCUAUUGUGUCGAUUCCAGUUGACUUCUACCCUCUUUCCGUUCUGCUCGGGAAAGGCAUACUUCUGGGUGCUGAACCCGAGCUUAUUCAGCGCCGCGAUGUGAAUUUUGCUCUCUUUAGAUUCCCAAUCCGGACGCAACUGUUCAUCCCAGAGGUGCUUCGAUUCCAUCUAUCUCGGUUCGACUCUUCAGCUGCCCUACAUCUCGCCCAUCGAUAUCAAAGACUAGAAUAUUUUGCCCACUCUUUGGAGAUCUUAUUACAUAACGUCCUCGACGAAGAAGUUGACACGCCGCCUAGCCCCGAGAACGCACUUCUUCCAGGUGUUCUCUCAUUCCUUUCUUCAUUUUCACAGUACCUUGAUAUUGUUGUCCAGUGUACUCGUAAGACCGAAGUACGAUCGUGGCGAACGCUGUUCGCAUACUUACCACCCCCACAAGAACUCUUCGAAGAAUCUUUACAACGAGGAUCGUUAAAGACGGCCGGCGGAUACCUCCUCAUCCUCCACACCUUUGAGGAACUGAGUUCUAGCUCAGAACAACUGGUUCGUCUGUUGUCAAGAGCCAAGGACGAGGCAGACUGGGAACUCUGCAAGGAGCUUGCGCGAUUUUUAAUGGCUCUGGAUGAGACAGGGGCUACGUUGAGGGAGGCUUUGGAGAUGGUCAAUCUCAGAAGCCCUGAGGAGCAUCACAGCAGCUUUCUGUUUGAAGGAUCGCGGCUGAAGGUUCCAAGGCCAGGCAAGCUGCCUACUCUCUCCAAUGGGGGUAGUAAUAGUGAUCUUGAUGAGCAGAGCAGCGGGAAUCGAAGUUCCAGAAGUCCGACGGACAAAUAA